AUGUUCUGCGUCUCAUAUGCUUCAUCUCAACAGCAACAGUCGGCAAAUACACCGACAAUCCACGAGCAACAGGAAGAAAUCUACUCUUCAUUGAAAAAGGUGCGGACUGCUGACGAUUUAACUUCAAGUCAACUUUCUAUUGAUAAACAUGUCACUAUGAUUCCAUUAGGAAGUCCACACGAGUUGCAUCAAGAGACGACAGCAAACGGAACAAUGAUAAGAGUAACUUCUGGAAUUCCACAGAAAAUUGAGAUGAAUUCGAAUGAGAAAAUGAUAGAGUUGGUGCCAAAGAUGCGCCAAGAGAACGUCUUCCAUCAACCGCCACCUUAUCAAGAACCCCCGAGAAAAGUGGAGAUUCAGGAGCCGAAAAAAGAUUUCGAGAGUUGGUCGGGUCGAGCAAUGGAAGGUCGAGUAUCAGGUGGCAAUGUGCGUGGAACCAACAAUAUUCGUGGAUACUGGGAGAGAAAUAUUCAAAUCGAGCAAAGACAAAGAGCUGAAGAAGAGAGAAGACAACGACCGAAAAGUUAUGGAUUUCCGAAAUGGAGAUCUACGGAUGCAUUAUCUGCUUCUCUGGUUGCAUCUAAUAGUAUUCAAAUUCCCGUCGACAGCAGAAUUCCAGAAGAACGUCUUCGUAAAAUGGAAGAAACAGAGCGAGAAGCAAUUGAAGUGAAAAAAGAGAUUCACGAGGAAGCAGAAAUGGCAUCGGGAAGUAACACGCGAAAGCUAUCAAAAGGCAAAUCUCUUGAUUCUCUCAGCAUGCAAAUAGACUAUCAACCAUGGUAUGACACUGAAAAAAUCAAGUCAGCAGUAUCUCGUGAAUCGAUUGCCAACAUUGCCACGUCGCGUGAAUUCUUUGAAACGACGUCAACAAGAGACUGGAGAACGAGAGAUUCUGCUGCAAACAGUCGUCGUGAUUUAAUGUGUUCUCUCAGUAUGGCUCCGCCUCUUCCACCCAAAUCAGAUGCAAUUCAGUUGAGACAAGCAGCUGCAAAUCAUAGCACAAGGCCUUAUCAUCAGAAUGGAGGACAACCAUAUGGCCAACAGUAUCCACCGAAUUUAUCGUCAGUUCCCAUCCAAAAUGCUCCUCAAAAUGUGAAUGUUCUCACUAUUUCAAGUGGUUACGAUGGGAAUCAAGGCGUUCAGAAGCAUCAUCAGACCCAGCAAAUACAACCACAAACCUCGAUUAACAGACUUAUUCAGCAGGAUUCUCCUCAAACAGCUGAUCCUAUCGAACAACAAGAAGUCCUUCUUAUGCUUUAUUUGAAACAAAACCUGGAUAUUGUACAUGGUCUGGGAAUUCAUAUUCCAUCUGAACUUCUUGCAGAAAUGGAAGAUCUUCAGAUGUUACCUGUCGAAUUGAGAAUCACUGAUGAGGAAACUAAUAGAAUGUUCAGCCCAGUCAACAAGAAUGGACGUUAUCAGCGUAAACCUCAAAUGAAUAUUCCACCGAAUCGACAGAUAAUCGGACAAAAGUAUGUCGGUGGUCGAAAAGAUGUUCCAAUUUCUACAAGAAGUCGUCAGAAUAGUGAAAUGAGUGGUUCAAAUAUGGAUCUUUCAUAUAAUCAACAUCAUCACCAUCAUUCAUCCAAUUCCUACGGAUAUCACUAA